AAAAGUAAAACGGCGUCGUUUUGGAGCACAGCAUAGUUGGUGUGGUGAUGGUGGUGUGUAGUUUCUCCCCUGCAGAGGAUCUUCUUCAUUGUAGUCAAUAUUGUAGAAUCAAAACACCCCUUAAAAAAAACGGCAGAUAAAAGCCACAGAACAAUUGUGUUCUGACUAGAAAAUCCCCAAAUUGACUUCUUCUGCCCUAGUUCACUCAAUUCUCCAAUUCAGGGUCGAGGUCUCCCUGAAGAAGUAAUAAUGUGCAGCUUCAAACUCCAGUUUUCUCAACUCUGCCUUCAACAGAAGCCUCAGAUUCCGACCUUUGUUCACUCACUGAGAAUUACUUGCGGAGGUCUUAGAAAUGGCCCCAGAAAACCUAUGUGGAGGACGCGAGUGCUCUCCUCUGAAGCCAUUCAAGCAGUUCAGUCCUUGAAAUUGGCACAAAAAUCGCCUUCUAAAUUGGAGCAGGUUUUCACCACCAAGCUCAGCAGGCUUUUGAAGGCCGAUUUAGAGGACACCUUGGCCGAGUUGCAGAGGCAAAAUGAAUUGGACUUAGCCCUCAAGGUGUUUAAUUUUGUGAGGAAAGAGACGUGGUAUGUACCGGAUCUGUCUCUGUUCAACGACAUGAUAUUGAUGAUGGGUAAACGUAAAAUGAUUGAGAUGGUUGAACAACUUUUUCUGGAACUGCGAAAUGAAGGCCUGCAACCUGAUGCGAGAACCUAUACCGAACUGAUUGGAGCUUAUUUCAAAGUUGGAAUGGUGAGUAAAGCAAUGGAAACGUAUGAGUUGAUGAAGGCUUCAGGUUAUGUCCCGGAUAAGUUAACUUUGACAAUUUUGAUAAGAAAUCUAGAGAAGGCCGGUGAGAAUUCCCUUUCAGAAGCUAUAAGGAAAGAAUGUGCUGAGUAUUUUGAUUACCCUAACAAGUUUCUUGAAGAAGUUGAAAGGCAGUAUCCGAAGAGGAAGAAACUUGUCAUCAUCUGAAGAACGUGUCACGCGACUUUGUUCUGUCCCUUCAUCGCAUCGUCGAUGGGGUGGAAGAGUUUGGUUGACUUACAACAUAAAGACGAUAAAGUACAUAUAUUUUCAUCUGGAACACAAACAUCUAGCUAGCCAUAUCAAAGGACAAAUAUGUAAGUCCCUAUUUCUUAGGAUGGUAGAAAGGUAAAAAUGUAGUUCCGUCUCUUACAAAAGAUCCUAAAUUCUUGCUUUGCUCAUGUGAAAAAACAAAAAUUUAGUUUAUAAAAUUUGGAUCUUUUGUUAAAAUGAAGUUGUAACCCUCUGUUGGAUAAGGUUCAGAAGCCUACACAUCUUGUUUUUAUUAAUAGUAACAUAAAAAUUUUAGUUUGUAA